CCGUAGACUAAGCGAGGAGACACUCCCGCCUUAGUCUUCCACUGAUUCUGUUGCUCGUCCCUGGGCUUCCAUUGCUAUCUUCAUCUAUUCAAGAGUGUUAUAUUUGCUGCAGCGGGACUUACUACUGCUUUUAAAUGAUGGGGCGGGUUGUACUGGUGACCCUUUUGGGGGUGGUGUGUCUGACCUUCUGUGCAUGUCCUGUCGAGGGUACCUGGGAGUGGUCAGCCUUCCAAAACCUGCCCACACUGCGGCGGCCAAGCAAGUGUGGCCCAGGUCGUAUUGUGGUCAGCAGAACGGACGACAGCAGCACCACACAGGCCCCGGACGGAUCAUGGUUCCGUGGGCCUGGACCCAUCGUGAGUGGCCCGAUUGACGACCGUUCUUCUUUGACAGAGAUUCCAAUCGGGUCUUACUUGCCUGACCACCCUGCACCGUGGUUCGUGCGUAUCGGCAAGGCCUCUGCAGGAGUUCUGGUGGGUCGUCGGCAUGUGCUCACCUUGGCUCCGUGCAUCGCUGACAAUGAAAGAUGGUACGGUGGCUACUAUGACUUCAAAGUACAAAUUUUCGACAAGCUCGUUGGAGUCGCCAAUGUUGACGUUCAAGAUGAUCCUGAAGACAAUCCCUUCCCCUUCGUCGUGCUGACGCUGUACGACCACAAUGUGACCCAAGUCACUUCCGUGUGCGUCGGAGACUACCGGGAAGGCUUUACUAACGCUGCAGUCGCUUUGGAGACGACAGAGGAUUACCCCAUGAAGUACCCAGUGACCGUGUAUCCCCCCAGUCAAUGCGACUCUCAUGAAGAUGGGUCGCGGCACAACUGGAUGCUCUGCGGCUCCCCCGGGCCAACCCUGUGCGGCAGUGCCUUGCUACAAGAAGACGACGGCCGCUGGGUGGUGAUUAGCCUUGCCACGGGGGUCACAAGUGAUAUUUCAAAAUAUGUCAGCAUCAGCCCAGCUCGUGAGUGGCUAAAACUAUGAACUUUAACGUUACCUUCGUUACAAAGAAGGACUAAGUUUUUACUUCUCAUUACGAUAAAGAUACUCUGUUGUGUGGGUUGUAUGUUCGAUUACAAGACUAUUUUUAAGCAAUUUUAGUAUCAUGACUUAAAAUUUUAAAGUAGACUUUGGUGAAUUUUAAUUAUAGGAAUGUUAAACGGUAUUGUAUGAAGGAAGCAUGCCUGAGCAUACUGUUGGGUUUUUAUUCAAUAAAUUUUAAUCUCUACA